CAGUUUAGUUCCACUUUCCUGGCCGUUGAAUUGUGAUCGCGAUAUGCAGCUCAAUCCGAUAAAAAAUAAUAUUUGGGUGUGGGCCCUGUGCCUUUUCAUAUCGCUGACCUGCGUGCAAGGACGCGUUGGUCUGGGACCCGGCGACCAGGAGUGGGACUACGUGGAGGUGCGCGAGGGAGCCCACCUCUUCUACUGGCUGCUGUACACCACGGCCAAUGUGACUCGAUUCGCGGAGAGGCCGCUGGUCAUCUGGCUGCAGGGUGGACCAGGAGUGGCCUCCACGGGCAGCGGGGUCUUCGAGCAGCUCGGCCCCAUUGACAUCGAGGGAAAAACGAGGGAAAGCAGUUGGGUGCGGCACGUGAAUGUGCUUUUCGUCGACAGCCCCGUGGGCACGGGAUUCGCUUAUGUGGAAAACCAUGGGCGGUAUGCCAGAAACAACCGGCAGAUAGCCCUCGAUCUCGUCCAGCUGAUGAAGCAGUUUUUAGCGAAAUAUCCGGAGUUCCGAAGCGUGCCCCUGCACAUCUUCUCCGAGAGCUAUGGCGGCAAAAUGGCCCCCGAAUUUGCGCUGGAACUGCACUUGGCCAAGAAGAGGGGCCGACUGGACUGCCAACUGAAGUCCGUGGUGGUGGGCAAUCCCUGGACCUCGCCGCUGGACAGCAUCCUGUCGUAUGCCCCCUUUUUGCUACAAGCUGGCAUUGUGGAUGAUGAUGGAUAUCGCAGAAUAUCGCGAUUGGCCGGCGAACUGGCGGCACUUGUUUACGCUGAAAAGUGGCUGCGUGCCUUGAUGAAGGCCUCCGAAGUUCAAGAGGAGAUCGCCGAAAGCGGUGGCGGCGUCUUCAUUUACAACACCCAGCGACGCGUCCACGUGGACGAGGUCUACCGGUACGGCGAGGAUCCGCAGAUGAGCCACUUCAUCCGUUCCAACGUCACCCAAGCUUUGGGACUCGCCAAAAUGCCAGUGUGGAUGGAACAAAACUCAACGGUCUUCGAGCGCCUCGGCCAGGAUAUUUUCAAGCCUGCCAACCACAUAGUUACCAGAUUGCUGGAGGAAACUCCCAUUCAGGUCGGAAUUUAUUCUGGAAUUUUGGACCUACUUUGCGCCACGCCCGGCACCGUCAGUUGGAUAAGUCGGCUGAAGUGGAGCCGCAGGUCGGAGUAUGCGAAGGCACCGCGUACCGCCAUCCGGAUCGACGGGAUUCUCGAGGGCUACGAAAAGCACGGCGGACGACUCAGCAUGUUCUGGGUCUUUCGGGCGGGACAUCUGGUGCAGCAGGAAAACCCAGCGGCCAUGGGUUAUAUUCUGAAAUACUUUACCAACUAUGGAUAAUCAAGAAUGGCUGUAAAAUAAAGUUUCAGACUUCUUUCCAUCAGCAA